UUUUGUUUUGAACUAAGAAAAUUGGGAAGCUUCCUUUAAAACUUGGCUUGCUAAAAGAAACCCGAUCCUAAAAUUGCAGUUUCAGAGGAAGCUUCGAAUCUCCAAUUAAUUCAACUCCUGAAUUCCCUGUAUUCAAAACCCUAUUUUAUGUUUGUCAAUCAAAUCAAUAAAAUGAAGCGCUAAAUUAUUAUCAGCCAAAAAAAUCAAUCUUUUUCUGAAUCCAAUUUCAAUUCUCUUCAAAUGAAAAUCCAUUCACUUGGUGUUUUAUUAUGCUUGAUAUUAUUAUUACCACCAUUAGUUAUCGGCUCGGAUCGAUUCGGCUCCGACAGUACCCAACUGAUUUCGGCUUCUACUUCGGCUUCUCAGUUGGUUGAUUCCAGAGCUCCUUCUCGAGCCGGAGCCCGCUCUCUCAAAUCACUCUCAUCACCCUUGGAAGAUUCUACUGAAUUAGUUGCCCUCCUAAAUGGGACUAUUUAUUUGGAAGACGCAAAUUCUGGGAGAGUGUUCUGGUCAUUUUCAUCUGGAGCACCAAUAUACUCAUCAUAUCAAGCUCCUUUUGAUCAGGAUAACGGCAAUGAAAAUGAUUUUGGAGCAAGUACUGGAUUCUUUGUAGACUACGGAGAUGAUUGGCAGCUGUAUGUGCAUGGAAAACACUCUAGUGGAAUGAAACUUUCAAUGAAUAUCGAAGAAUUCAUCAAAAUUACACCGCAUGUAUCAGAAGAUGGAGCUGUCAUACUUGGAUCUAAGACAACUACUGUUUUUGUUGUUGAGGCUAAGACUGGAAAACUUGUACAAACUUAUAACUCAUUUGAUUCUCCAUCUACAUUGAAACGAGAUGAAGAAAGUUAUGCAUUGUUGAAGGAGAAUAAAAAAAAUGGGGAUUUGAUAAUUUCCGAAUCGGCAAGUGCUGCUCAACUCAUGUAUAUCACAAGGAAAGAUUAUACAUUGCAAACCUUUGGUCCAAAUUCAGACAAAAUAUCAUGGAAUAUGAAAGUGGCAAUGAUUGGGGCUGCUUCUAUUUGUCGAGAUGUUGAGAGUCGAAGUGAUUAUAAUAUGCCUUUGUCUUGUCAAUCUAGAUGGAUGGUAGUUCGAAGGCAGCAUAAGUCACAAUCUGCUGAUGAAAAACUUCCAUUACCUGAUUCAGAUCCGGUGCUUCCAUCACAGCCUAGAGUUGACAAAUUGUUAGAGGACCAGCACGAGGGAAGGAGGCUUUCAGAGUUUGCUGCAGAUCCUGUGCUUCCUUUGCAGCCCAAAGUUGAUGAAUUCCCAAAUUCUCACACCACUGAUAACAGUGAAGGAAUCUUUGACCUGUCUACUGAUUCUGGGGCAGUUGAUGCAAGAGUGGCUUUUGAUGAUGGGUUAAACAUCCUCAUCAAGAGAUCAACAGCAUUUUCCUUCAUGUUCUUUAUUGUCGUCUUUCUGUUGGGAUUUAUUUUCUACCCCAAUGAUCAAGUGGGUAAAGAUAAACUUUGUUCUGAGGGACUCUCUAGUGUUAGUAGUUCAAAAGCAUCAUCUUCCAAAAGAAAGAAAAACAGGAAAUCCAGCAAGAAGAAUGGCAUUGUUGAGACGAAAGAUGCAGUUGCGCUCUUGGAAAAUGGGGAUGGAUAUGCUCAUAGUGAUGGUGAUGAAAAAAUGUUGUUGGACCUCAAUAAACAUGUUGAUAAUAGCAUUGAUGGACAUAGAAUUGGUAAGUUGUUUGUAUCAAAUACCGAAAUUGCAAAGGGAAGUAACGGUACCAUUGUUCUUGAAGGAAUAUAUGAAGGUCGACCAGUUGCUGUGAAACGCCUUGUUCAAUCUCAUCAUGAGGCGGCUUUCAAAGAAAUUCAGAAUCUUAUUGCAUCAGACAGGCAUCCAAAUAUAGUUCGAUGGCAUGGCGUGGAGUAUGAUAAAGAUUUUGUCUAUGUUUCCUUAGAGCGUUGCACAUGCAGCUUAGAUGAUUUGAUUCAGAUAUUUUCUGAUUUCUCGCUAAACCAAGUUUACAGUGAGGACCAAGCUACUAGAGUCGCAAUUGAAUAUAAAGUUCGGUUAGAUAAGGUGAAGGGUAUAAUGCAGGAUAUAAAUUUAUGGAAGUCCAAUGGUCGUCCAUCACCUCUGAUGUUAGUAUUGAUGAGGAAUAUAGUAUGUGGGCUUGUGCAUCUGCAUGAAUUGGGUAUAAUUCACCGAGACUUGAAACCUCAAAAUGUAUUAAUACUUAAGGAUAGAUUUUUAUGUGCAAAGCUUUCUGAUAUGGGAAUCAGCAAGCGCCUCCUUGGGGAUAUGUCUUCCUUGGGUUAUCAUGCUACUGGUUGUGGCAGUUCUGGUUGGCAAUCCCCUGAACAGCUUCUUCAUGGACGUCAAACACGUGCAGUUGAUUUAUUUAGUUUAGGCUGUGUCCUCUUUUUCUGCAUAACUGGUGGCCGGCAUCCAUUUGGGGAGCGUCUUGAACGGGAUAUCAAUAUUGUCAAAAACAAAAAGGACCUUUUUCUGAUUGAGUAUUUUCCAGAAGCUGAAGAUCUUAUAUCCCGCCUACUAAACCAUGACCCCAAUUUGAGGCCAAAAUCACUGGAUGUGCUGCACCACCCAAUAUUUUGGAAUUCUGAGAUGAGAUUGUCGUUUCUUCGUGACACGAGUGACCGUGUGGAACUGGAAGAUAGGGAGUCCAGUUCCGAUCUCUUGAAAGCAUUAGAGAAUAUUGCACCAACCGCACUUGGUGGUAAAUGGGAUGAAAGGAUGGAACCUGCAUUUAUAGCUAAUAUUGGCCAUUACAGGCGCUACAAGUAUGACAGUGUUCGAGAUUUGUUGCGAGUCUUGCGAAACAAGUUGAACCAUUAUCGAGAACUUCCUAAAGAAAUUCAGGAGCUUGUCGGACCAGUUCCGGAAGGAUAUGAUAGCUAUUAUACGAGUCGAUUUCCUAAGCUGUUGAUUGAAGUGUAUAAAGUUGUAUCAAGAUUCUGUAGGGAAGAGGAUUGCUUUCACAAGUAUUUCAAUGGCAUUGUUGUUUAAAUACCUCACCCCUUCGUGUAAAUAUGUAAAUAGAGUUGUAAUCUGAUAGUGUAUCAUACUCCAUUUAAUAAUCAAACUAAAUUGUUAUUCGGAGAUUAA